UCUCUCUCUCGUGCGCGGAGGCGGCGCAUCUACCAGGGAUCCAGCGAGAGGUAGUAUAGCUUGGAGCAGAGCACCCGCGAUGGACGGAGACGGCUUCGACGUGUGGGGUUCGCAGCCGUCGGCAAGCGGCCCCGCUACCCAUGCUGGUCUUGACCUCAACUCGCAAGCGCCGGCGUCGGAGGGGUUCCCCGGGCUUGGGCUCUACGGAGCCUUCCUCCAGAGCGACGAUGAUGAGCUUCUCCCUGGGCGCGUCAGAGGCUCCGGGCUCCCUCCCUAUCGCCCACCCUACGCCCGGCGACUGAACUUCGGCGGCACCUCGUCGGCAGCAACCGGACGCGGAGGAGGAAACGGUGGUGUGUUCCUCGACGGGUCAUCGUCGGGGGCAGGCGGCGGUGUUCGGCAGCGCGCCAACUCGGCCGCCACGACCCCCAGCCGCCGUAACCAAUGCAGCAGGACGGCGUUCAGUGGUGGUGACGUUCGGUAGCGCUCCAACUCGGCCGCCCCGGCACCUA